AUGGGUUCUUCUUGUGUAGGCUUUACAGGGGAUCCAGCCCUGGCUGUGAGGAGCCUUGGAGGCAAAUGGGCUGAGAGGGCCCCAUCCCCAGACCCUGACCCCGAAGCCAGCUCCUCCCCUGCCUUCUCUGAGGGUGGCCUCCUUGGGCUCCAGGGUCUGGUCAGCCUCUCCUGGGAUGGUCGCUGCCCCCAGCCCCAGCUCCAGUCUCGGCCUGAGACCCGAGUCACUUCCCCAAGUCCAGAGCUACAACUGUUGUCACCGCCCACGGCACAGGCCCCUCAGCGAUUCAAGGAGAGACUGUUUCCCUGUGGCGUGUGCGGGAAGAGUUUCCGGCGCUCCUCGACUCUGUCCACACACCUGCUCAUCCACUCGGGCACGCGGCCCCACCCCUGCCCCUUCUGCGCCAAGCGCUUCCACCAGAAAUCCGACAUGAAGAAGCACACCUUCAUCCACACUGGAGAGAAGCCCCAUCGCUGUGGAGUGUGUGGAAAAUCCUUCAGCCAGAGCUCCAACCUGCUCACUCACUGUCGACAGCAUGGGGGCACCCGGAGCCUGCCCCAGCGUCCAAAACGCCCACCCUCACAGGGAUCCUCGGGCCUCCCAGAGUCUCCUGCCACCUCCCUGGGGGUCCUGAGCCCCCAGGGGGAAGGAAGACACCUGCUCCUAAAGCCCGGUUCUCCUGCUCAGCCGCCCCUUCACCCCUCCCCUGCUAAGGAAAACAAGCAAAAUGCAGGGGCCUUCGGGCCGGAGGGCGCCGUGGUCCUUUGCGUGGAAUAG